UAGAAAUGUCAUGAGCUGGUUGAAACUCAGUAUUUUUUCUACAAAGCUGUUUGAAAUUUCAGAAAUCUGGUCGAAACAGUUUCGAUCCGUGGUUUCGUAUUGGUACCUGUUGAAAUCAUGGUUUUAUUACUCACAAGAAGGAAUUAGAAAUUGAAAUUUCUCUGCCCUCUUCCUGUGGCUUUUCUAUCCACCAGAGGGGGGAAAGUAUAUAGAAGAAAGGAUGGCUUCAGAGUUUGGUUGCCUCACAGGAUAUCCACUUGGAUUUUUUUAGUAUCUUGAGACUACUAGCAAACAUUGCAUUGUCCAACUGCAAUGUUGGAGGAAGUGAAUCAAGUGAUGGUAGGUUAAAAGUCGGUCUCUCUCUCUCUCUCUCUAUCUCCCUAUACACUUCCAACUCCCACUACCUAAAGAUCUUCUAGGUCAUAAUAAACUAGCAUUUCUCAUAGCUCAUGCUGCUCUUGCCUCAGAAGCAUCAGCAUCCAACAAACUCAGAAUAUAUAUACCUUUUGAGAGCACAAAUCUUAGAGACUCCAGACCGCAAUCAAAUCUUCUUCUUCCUGAACUGUGGAAAGAUGUCAGCACCCAAUGCUAGUGACUGCAAAAGCAGCGCUUCCAUGUCUGGGAAGCGAACUCACACUCCGGGAAAGGCCACCGUGUUGGCAGUUGGUCAGGCAUUCCCUGCCCAACUCAUCCCUCAGGAACAUUUGGUUGAAGGCUACUUCCGAGAUACAAAAUGUCAGGAUUCGGCGAUGAAGGAGAAGUUAGAGCGUCUCUGCAAGACCACCACUGUGAAGACAAGGUACACAGUCAUGUCUAGGGAGAUCUUAGACAAUUACCCUGAAUUAACAACAGAAGGCUCACCAACCAUUCAACAAAGGCUUGAGAUAGCAAACCCUGCAGUACUAAAGAUGGCCAUGGAAGCAAGCCUUGCUUGCAUCAAGGAAUGGGGGAGACCAGUAGGAGACAUAACCCAUGUUGUCUAUGUGUCCUCAAGUGAAAUAAGGCUCCCUGGGGGAGACCUUUACUUGGCUAGCCAACUUGGCCUUAGAAAAGAUGUUGGUCGUGUAAUGUUAUACUUUCUAGGAUGCUAUGGAGGUGUCUCUGGCCUUCGAGUUGCCAAGGAUAUCGCUGAGAACAAUCCAGGUAGCCGUGUUCUGUUAACGACAUCUGAGACUACCAUACUCGGGUACCGUCCACCUAACAUGUCACGGCCUUAUGAUCUUGUGGGCGCUGCCCUUUUCGGCGAUGGUGCAGCAGCAGUCAUCAUAGGGGCUGACCCAAUAAGUGGCAUAGAAUCUCCAUUCAUGGAAUUGAACUAUGCAGUGCAACAGUUUUUGCCAGGAACACACAAUGUAAUCGAUGGUCGUCUAUCUGAAGAAGGCAUAAAUUUCAAACUAGGAAGGGAUCUACCACAAAAGAUUGAAGAAAACAUUGAGGAGUUCUGUAAGAUGCUUAUGGAGAAGGCCAAUUUGAAAGACUAUAAUGAUUUGUUCUGGGCUGUUCAUCCAGGAGGUCCAGCAAUACUAAACAGACUAGAGAGUAAUCUGAAAUUGAAACCUGAAAAGCUGAAGUGUAGUAGGAAGGCAUUGAUGGAUUUUGGGAAUGUGAGUAGCAACACUAUCCUCUAUGUUAUGAGUUACAUGAGGGAGGAGCUGAAGAGAGGUGGUGGGGAAGAAUGGGGACUUGCCUUGGCUUUUGGACCUGGCAUUACUUUUGAAGGCAUCCUCGUUCGUAACCUGCAAUGAAUAGGAUUUGUUAUUGGAAGUGUUUUUUUCUUUAGUAAGAAUCAAGUAGUGGUGCAUCUUUGAAAGUGCAUCACAAGUUGGAUA